AUGUCGAAUGAGGAGGAACUGACCUGCGCGGGCUGCCAGAACCCAAUUGUGGAACAGGAAUACAUGUGCUGCAGAAACACCGAGGAGCGGGCAGUGGAUAUCGACAAUUUAAAAACUGCAAAUGAUGAGUUGCGAACCCGGGUUGAAGACCAAUCCCAAACUAUUGCCACGUACGAGGCCCGACUUAAGGUGCUAGAAGAAGCAAGGAUCGACGGCGGCCAACCACAGAGGACCGAUUUAACGCUAGAAGAACGGUUGAACAUCCAGUCUCAAGCACUGUUAAGAAAUGACGUUGAAAUAUCAGGUUUAACUGAAAAACCUGCGGAAAACCCGCACCAUCUAUUUUUAACUGUUGCAGCGUUAACUGGCAUGAAGCUAGCAGAUCAUGAUGUGGACUUCGUCACUAGAACCGGCCCCCUACGUACUAAACAAAACGAUCCUCCCCGGCCUCUUGUGGUGAGGUUUUGCCGCCGCCAGACGCGAGAUCAGUUCUAUUCUACAGCCAAAUCUCGACGGUUAACAACGAAAGACCUGGAGAUAGAAGGCCCAUCGCAAAAUAUAUACAUCAACGACCGACUUACCCGUGAAAACAGGCAGCUUUUUCGCGAAUGCAGAACUCGAUUUAAGGAGGCUGGAUACAAAUUCUGCUGGACGAAGUGGUGCCAAAUCCUUGUCAAAAAGCGUGAAGGUAGAGGCGAGGAAUCCAAAGCCUUCCCGGUCAAAUCUAUCAAGGAUAUCGACAACAUCCUUAAUAAAACCGCUCCAACUCCCGACUAA